GCCAUGCAGAGAUGUGCCUCCUGGACCAGAUCCCAUCGUGGACACUGAACGAGAGUCCGCAGUACAGGAUCACCUGUUACAUCUCCUAUAGCCCCUGUCAUGACUGUGCCGAGAAUCUGGCUGCAUUCCUGAGAGAGAACUCCCGCGUGCAGCUGCGCAUCUGCGCCUCCCGCAUCUAUAAAGUUGGCGAAUAUAAGACUGGGCUGUGCACACUGCAGAAGGCUGGGGCCCAAGUCACGAUCAUGACCCCCAAGGGUCAGCAUGGGACUCAUGGGGUGCAGAAAAUGUGCCAGGUCAGACCCCUGAUGGAUAAAGAAAUCUUCCGUGAAAACUUCCAUCAAGACCGCUGGCCACAUGAAACCUACCUGUGCUACGAGGUAGAGCGUCUGGAGGGAGACUCCUGGAUCACAGUGGAGGAGUUGAAGGGCUUUCUGCGCAACGAGCCAAAGAUAAAUCAAUUCCUCCCUGCUAACAAUGUGGACCCCGGGCGUCAUGCAGAAUUGUGCCUCCUGGACCAGAUCCCAUCGUGGACGCUGAACGAGAGUCUGCAGUACAGGAUCACUUGUUACAUCUCAUGGAGCCCCUGUCAUGACUGUGCCGAGAAUCUGGCUGCAUUCCUGAGAGAGAACUCCCACGUGCAGCUGCGCAUCUCCGCCUCCUGCAUCUAUACCAGGGGCAUGUAUGGAACUGGGCUGCACACACUGCAGAAGGCUGGGGCCCAAGUCACCAUCAUGACGCCCGAGGGUCAGCAUGGGACUCAUGGGGUACAGGUGGGCUGGGAGAGGCCUGUAGGAAGUUGCUAG